CGAAGAACUCACAAAUCACAAGCAGACGCUCAAACUCUCGUCUCCUUUCCUCAGGUGCUGCUCCAGUGCCCCACCCACUCGCGGUCAAAUGCCCCCCGCCGGGGCCGGCGCAGCCGUCCUGAGGCGGCCCUACCUCGCCGGCGUCCACUUGUUGGCCGGCCGCCGGCAGGCGGGGGUGGACCGCGUCUCGAUGCUUCCUCCGGUGACCCCGCCGCUGCCGCCGCUCGUCUCAUGGCAGCAGGGAUCUGGAGUGGUUGCUAGGAGGCGCCUCUGGGCGAAUGCGAGUGGUUCCUUCGAGCAGAAUAACACUUGGGAGGACGCGGUAUUGCCUUCACAGGUAGUGGAGGAGAGUAAAGUAGAUUUCCUGAAGAUCCUGAAGAGUGCCAACACCGUUAUUCCCCAUAUAGUGCUGGGGAGCACAAUUCUGGCUCUGGUGUACCCGCCUUCUUUUACAUGGUUCACAACCAGGUAUUAUGCACCAGCUUUGGGAUUCUUGAUGUUUGCUGUUGGUGUGAACUCAAGCGUCGAGGAUUUUGUCGAAGCAAUAAAAAGGCCAGAUGCUAUUGCUGCCGGUUAUAUUGGACAGUUCAUCAUCAAGCCUUUGUUUGGAUUCCUUUUUGGCACUCUUGCAGUAACAGUUCUUAAUCUUCCAACUGCUCUAGGUGCUGGUAUCAUGUUAGUUUCAUGUGUGAGCGGAGCACAGCUUUCAAACUAUGCAACUUUCCUGACAGAUCCACAUAUGGCCCCUCUCAGCAUUGUUAUGACAUCAUUGUCAACAGCUACUGCAGUUUUUGUCACCCCAACAUUAUCCUACUUUCUUAUUGGCCAGAAAUUACCUGUAGACGUCAAAGGGAUGAUGUCCAGCAUUGUUCAAAUAGUUGUUGCUCCAAUUGCAGCUGGAUUGCUCCUGAAUAGAUUCCUUCCAAAGCUCUGUGCAGCUAUUCAGCCAUUUCUGCCUCCGUUGUCAGUAUUCGUCACUGCUUUGUGUGUUGGUUCACCGUUGGCUAUAAAUAUUAGGGCUGUUUUGUCUCCAUUUGGAUUAUCCAUUGUGCUGCUCCUUUUCGCGUUCCAUACCUCAUCUUUUGUAGCUGGUUAUCAUCUUGCUGGUACUUGGUUUCACAAGUCAGACGAUGUGAAGGCACUACAAAGAACAAUAUCUUUUGAGACAGGAAUGCAAAGUAGCCUUCUUGCUCUUGCUUUAGCAAACAGGUUCUUCCCAGAUCCACUAGUGGGUGUGCCUCCAGCCAUAUCGGUUGUGUUGAUGUCCUUACUGGGCUUUGCUCUCGUGAUGGUAUGGUCCAAGAAAAUGAAAAUGUAGCAAGCCAUGAACUGAAUCAACUCAGCCUUGUAUUCAGACAUCGCCAUAGCCCUUAUCAAAAAUUUCAGGCAGGCUAACUUGAGCCAGGAAGACACUCUGGGCCAAUGUUCAUCGGAGGUCAGGAUUGAUUCCAAAUGAUCAUCAUGGCACAGGAUCCAGCUCACCCUUUUUUUUUCUCCUUUCCAUACUCAUACCUGAUAUUGGUUCUGUCGAACCAAAGAUCUCUAAGUGUUCCAGGAUUGCAAAAAACGUAUGUGAAAGAUUCUCUGUAACUCUUUGUGGGAUGGGAUGGGAUACCUCUUCGAGAAGAAACAAAUGGCCUUGCUCUUGAGUCUUGAGUCUUGACUCUCUGGUGGUUGACUAGUUUUCCUGAAUUCAUCAGCUGCUGCCGUUUCUGUUCUUA